AUGGGAAACCACACCUCUGCACUCCCCUUGGACAGGAAGAACAUCCCACCUGAAGUCUUGGCCAUGCUGGAAGACGAAAAGAAAGCAGCCCAGUUUUUGGCAGAUGUCCAAGCCAGUUUCACAGUGGACAGUGACAGUGACAAUCUUGGGUUAGAUUACACUAUGCACGAUAUUUUGAAAGCCCAAAAAGUCAAGCACAAUAAGAAUACGACAAGAGGAAUCAAGAGAUCCAAAUCAGGCUUAAGCUCAGAAGCAAGCAAGGCAACUUCCAGCGAGCAGAGCCAACAGAACAGAAAGCCUCACCCGAAUGGGGUUCAAUCAGACAGUGUGAACAGUGAGCACAGUUUGAACCCCCAAGAAAUUGUAGGUCUGUUGGAGCAGUUUGCCACAAAGGAUUGCGACACGGGCAUGGCAUUCUUCAAGGCGUUGGAAACCAAAAGACCAACCUCCAAGUACCACAAUGGCACAAAUGCCAACACCAAGGCCUCAAAGGCUGCUUAA